GCUGACAGAUGUGACCAACUAGCGGGUGUAACAUCCAAACUGAGGAGACCUGAACCGAAGGGAGAGAAAAAAAAACCCUCUUUCUGUUGUAAACUAAGGGAUUUGGCCGCGGAGAAUCGGGGAACACGUGUCCCCACCUCCUGGAGAAUGAGUGUCGGCGCUCCGAAAGGCCUGGCCAGCUCGGGGCAGAAGCCCAUCGCGGAGAUCAUUCACCCGCUGUCCGCCGCCGACGAGCCCUUCUCCGCCGGCGUCGGAGGCGAUAAGGAAGCCGGGCUGACCAAUGGCACGCCAGUUGAAACGUCAAGCCCUGCCUCUGCAUCCUCGCUCUUCAACAGGCUGCAGCUGGACGAUGACCUGGAAGCAGAUGGCCGGGACCACUACGCCCUGACAGAAACCCGUGACCUUUUUGUCACAGUCGACGACCCAAAGAAGCACGUCUCCACCAUGGAGACCUACAUCACCUACAGGGUCUCCACAAAGACCACUCGAAUAGAGUUCGACCUGCCGGAGUACUGUGUGCGACGACGCUACCAGGACUUUGAUUGGCUGAGGAUCAAGCUGGAGGACAGUCAGCCAACCCACCUCAUCCCUCCACUGCCGGAGAAGUUUGUGAUGAAAGGCGUGGUCGACCGUUUUUCGGAGGAGUUUGUUGAGACACGGAUGAAAGCUCUGGACAAGUUCUUGAAGCGGGUUGCAGACCAUCCCGUCCUCUCCUUCAACCCUCAUCUCAACGCUUUCCUGUCGGCCAAGGACUUGAACAAGCGCCAGGGUCUGGCCCUGCUGACCAAGGUGGGCGAGUCAGUGAAGCACGUAGCUGGAGGAUACAAGCUACGGGCGCGACCCGCUGAGUUCUGCGCCAUGGGAGAAUACCUGGACACCUUCACGCAGAAACUGGGAACGAUCGACCGCAUCGCUCAGAGGAUCCUCAAAGAGCAGUCAGAGUACCUGACAGAGCUACGUGAGUAUGGCACCGUAUACACCAGCUGGGCGGGGUCAGAGCAAGAACUGCAGCGCCCCCUGGAGGGCGUGGCCGGCUGCGUGACAACGUGCAGCGGAGCUCUGGAGGAGCAGUGUGAGACCAUGAGCCAGGACUUCCUGCCUGUACUCAGAGAGUACGUCCUCUACAUAGAGUCCAUGAAGAAUGUUUUGAGAAAGAGGGACCAAAGCCAGGCGGAGUACGAAGGCCGGCUAGAAGCAGCCGUGUUGCGCAAACAGGAAGACAGAACCCCAAUACCAGUGGAGGUGGAGAAAUGCCAGGACAAAGUGGAGUGUUUUAACGCUGACCUGAAGGCAGACUGGGAGCGCUGGCAGAGCAACAAGAGACAAGAUUUCAAACAGCUCCUCACGGGCAUGGCUGACAAAAACAUCAACCAAUACGAAAAGAGCCAGGCAGCGUGGGAGUCGCUCAUAACCCUCCUCCAGGACAAACAGACUGAGGAUAAAACGAGCGAGACGAACUGAAACAUCCCGUCAUGUCGCUGCCUUCCUCCCUAUCUGUAUAACACACUCUGUCAUGCCAAGGAUAAGGACCAAGCGGGCCGCAGACAUUUCCUGCCGGACUCAGCCGCUGUUCUCCUGUGAGUUGAUUGUAUUGGAGGGGAGGGUACUCUCCGAGAUCUGACCUGCAGAGGAGGUAACAAGAGGUGCAUUCAAGCACAGUGAGGAGAUGGGAAGGAGACACGUACUAUGUACAGACAUUUUCCAUUAUUUGUAUUUCUUUUCUUCUUAUUGACUUUUUCUACUUCAAAUUUCCAAUUAACAGUCGAUUGCCAAUGCUGCUUCUGUUUAUUUGACCACGGUCUCACAGAGGCGUAUGGUCGGUAUGUUCUCCACCUAUUCACAUUAAGCAAAAUGUGAAGGAUAACUCUUCAGUGCUGCAGUAAGCUAAGAUGUUUUUUUUUGUUGUUGAGUGGGCAGAUUGGAAUAUGAAGUAUUCAGAACAUCUCCAAGACAAAAUGUUAAGCAACAGCUCUUGGCUGAAUGGAGACUGAUAUUUGCUUCACAACAGAACCCCCUCUCCUUUAAGAACUAUACUUGUUAUUCUUGCAUGUAGUGAUGCAUAACGUUUUACGCUAUCCAUUGCUGAUUUCCAAAACUUCAUAGAGUUUAUACUUUUUUUAUAAUAACAUUUAACAUGAGACACUCGAAACUGUCCGUGGCAUCGUUGCUUCUGACACCGCGUCAUUUUUCGCCCAGAAGCAAAACAUGGAACGACUAACAGCAGGAGGAGUAGCGAAAGACAACUGCAAACGUGUCUAGUUAGUUCUUUGAAAGGGAAACUUUAGGAUGUAUUUUGGAUCUUCAUCAGUAUGGAUAAAUAGACGUGAAACAAAUUACCAUUUCAAUCUAAAAUGAAUGCAGAGCUUUAGUAGGGAUGUGAAUUUGGGUUUUACUCCAUGAAGCAGGAUGCAGCAGAUUUGGUCAUACAUUUGUGUCCUGUAGCACCACCUGGUGGUUAAGCUGCUUAUAGCUUUCUUUCUGUCGGCUAAAGGGUGUGUGCUACCCCUGCUGGUGUCUCUUCAUAUCACAUCUGUGUGUGUGUGCGUGCGUGCGUGCGUGCGUGCGUGUGUGUGUGUUAAAUCAUGGCCAUUUAUACCUACAGUAGGUUAUUUGUCUCUGUUCUUCACUCGAAGGCUUUGACUCAGUUAGGAAUUCUGGGGCACAGACGGAGAAGAUUUACCCAAUGAAAAGCACACAGGAGGGUAAAUAUUAACUCUGUGAGAGUCUGUUUUCGUUUGUUUGUUUCAUUUCAAGAGUGUGUAAUGUUUUAAACUCACUUUUUAAAAUCAGAUGCCAUGUUUCUGCAGGGAUUGGCCUCAAUUACAUUUAUUUUUAUGACAAAUCUGAAGGAGUAAAUUCUGCAUUGGGACAUUUGAAAGUAGUAACAACAUUUGUGUCAAGCUGUCUAUUACCUGAAAUAAGCUUUAGAGGAGAGUGCAGACUUUAGAGCAGUGGUUCUCAACUGGUCUAGCCUCAGGACCCACCACCAACUCCUUAAUAUGAAAUUGCGACCAAAAUUUUGAUUCUUUUUUUUUAACCAAUGAGAUUUGUUUUAUGGAAAAUUGUGCAGUUUGGACCUCAGACAGUACAAAACAUUUUACAGAAGAAAGAGAUGAAACAAAACAGUAAAAUGGUUUUAAAAGUGAUGUUUAGGCUUUUGAAACUUUCAAGAUGAACUAUUUUUUUCCAGGCACACUUUCUCGACCCACUGAAAACGACUCCACGACCCACUUUUGGGUCCCGACCCACCAGUUGAGAACCACUGGUUUAGAGCCUACAGUUAAACGUCCAAGGAAUACGUUUUUAAGUUAAUUUUAAACAUACUGUGUAGAGGAUUAAAGAGCUCUGAAACUUCUGAGACCUUUUUGCUGUGUCAUGAAAACACCGAGGGAGUCAAGAUGACUCAGCACAAUGAUAACGGUUUCAGAGUUCAGCUCUGAUAGAAAACUGUAACUGAAGAGUUGGCAGGGUCAGCACAGCUGUGACUUAUGGGAAAUUUUGAUCGAGGUGAAGAAACAAAUGGUUCCAAAACGCGAGUCAACGUAACAGUUCAUGAACUAAGUGCUUUUGCGUCAUCUUUCCUCUUUUUUUGGGGGCGGGCAUGUUAAAAUGUUGCUGAUGUGGCCUUAAAGCAGAAAUCAACUCUUCUCCAUCCUCAGCAAUACUUCGAGCUCGUUACACUUAGCGUAAAGUAGCCAAAACUUGACCAGUGAACACCAGAAUGGUCUGGAAGAACCGCUGUUGUUUCUUCCAAUUGGCAAAGAUGGUUGUUUUCCCUUGUCAUCUGUGGUGCAGAUCCCACAGUGGUGUAGCCUCAUAAACAUGAACAAUGUAUUCAUUAACAAGUGUAAUAAUGUUUUGUUUGAUUUAAAAACAUGAUUUCUUCUCUGAACAGAAUUUUCAGAAAUAAGGUGCUGAUAUUACUUUUCUUUUUUUUUUAGGUUUAUGUAACCAGAGGCUUCAAUGUAAACAGAACUGCUGUGUUUUAGUUGUUUUUUUUGUAUUUGUCAGAUUGUAUUUGACUUUCCCUAACCCUGUGUUUUUUAUUUUGCUCAUGUCCCAGCCUGCUCUCAGUGUAGCUUCAGGCAGGCGCUGUAAGGCAGCAGUGAGGGGCAGUGAUGGUAGCUGCCUCUGGACCGGUUUUUCGUUCGGUUUGACAGGUCUCUUUUUAUUUGUCCAACGUUUUGUACCCACGACCGAAAAGCAAAAGCAGCUAUGUUUCUUCUUAUUUCCAGAUGUCAACAAGGUGACGAAUGAAGACUUUCUUUUUUUUUUUUUGACAAUUUUAAAAAAUCUAGUAAGAUGGAGAAAAGCUUUCUGUGUGGCAGACUGUAGCAGACAGUACGGAUGCACUGAUGCUGAAUUACUGUAGUUUUAAAACUCACCAUGAAGCGACAGAGGUGUUCAAAAACUGAGCUUCUGAGUAAUCUGUUUAUUUCACUUUUUAUUUCUAAAGUCAUACUUUAAGGAACUUGUUAAUAUAUUAGAUAUUUAUUCAUUUGUAUAAAUAUCCACCAAAAGUAAAGAUAUUUUAAUAUAGUUUAACAAAACUUCAAACUGAGUCACUGCUGUUCAGCAUUGAUUUAAUAAAAGCAACGCAUCGCCAUAGAGCAAAGAACGAAGGUACCUACUUUGGAGCACUUUUUUUGUAAGCAAGUGAAGACAACAUGAACACAUUCACUCGAUAACAGUCUAACAUGAAGUUUAAAUGUAGGCAUGUUAUAUUUCUUGGUUCAGAGCAGUACUUGUUGUCUGUUGAACACUGAAUCAUGGCUGUGACUUUACAAAAAGAGGCAUCAGUGCAUCCACAGACUACCCUGCUAUCUGGUGUGAAUAAAAAAAAACUGCACAGACCUGAUGAAGUGACCUGAUCUGAUCAUGCACAAGUUUUGGGAUUAUUUCGACUUGCUGAAUUAUUAUUUUUUGCUCUAAUGGCGACAUACUGUAUAUUCAAUAUACUCUAUUGCACAGCUGAAUUAUACGGCACAGCUGAGUCUAUUUUUGUAUAAAAGAACAGAAGAUUAUUGUGGGUUUAAUGAAAUGUGUGAAAGAUACGAUAACACAUUUUGAAAGCUUUGUUAUAAUAAUGUAAACCAUUAGUUACCAAAAAAAUGAGAAAUGAACCAUUUUAUUUAGAUUCUCAUUGGAGCCCCAGCAAUAGUUCUCCAGAUAAUUUAUACUCACAGCUAUUGUCAAACCCGUUCGAUGCUGUGUGCCUGCUGAUUUAUUUUUGCACUAAAAUCCCUGAAAGAAAUGUAAUGUAAUGCUAAUAAUAAAAUCUAAAUGUCUUUCUUUAAGGGCCAAUAUCGACUAAAAAAACUGUGAUGUUAGGUUGGUCGGGACACAAUCUCUGUCCCAGUUUGGAAAGUUGUUUCUGUAAGGUAAAGAAAGGCAUCAUCUGCAAACAGAGACAGUGGCUGAUACGAUGGGAGAGCAUGGCAUAAUGUUUGUUUUUUAUUAAAUGUUUCAAAUCAAAUGUUUCAAAGCCAAAUGUCCAUGUUGUUUUUUUCCUACUGUUGUCUUCACACAGAUUCACACAUGAAGAGAAACUCUGAUUUACAGAACAGGAAAAACUUUUAUCAAUCAAACCCUGUAUAAAAGGUUAAAGGUCAGCCAUCUAAUGAACGUGUGAAUCCAGCUUCAGGCGUUUCGGUUCCCUCCCAGUGUGUACUGUUUACGUUCAGAGUUUUUAUUGUACAUUUGGAUGUUAAUAACAUCUUGUUGUAAUUAUAAAUAAGCUUGUAUAUUGAUGUUGUUUUGAUGCAAUUUAUCUUUACCUCAAAAGACUUUUUGGAUAUAUUGGACCAAUAAUAAAAGAACGAAUGCAUUUCA